AUGGCAGACUCGAGCGACGCCAAGGCACGAUCUUCUCCUGUCAGCGCAGAAGCGACUCUCACAUUAUCAGCUGAAAGUCUGAGAUGGCACGUCUUGGGUGUAUUCGCUGCGGCUGCAGCCCUUCUGUCGCCUUGGGUGGGUCCAGUCUCGCCGCCAACGUGGGUCUGCACCAUCUUGGCCAUCUUCUUCACCCUAUUCGCUUUGACAGCCAUCCCAGCAUUGGUCAUGGUCCUUGCUUACCUGGCAGACCAACGCCAACUUCUCCGCACUCGUGAUGAGCCUCGCCUCGACGGGUCAUCUCGACCACAGCUUUCGUUCACCCAACCCACCGCAUGGGCUAAGCUUCGUCGGGAUAUCAACAGACCUCAACCUCCCACAUCAUCUUUAUGGCCAGCGAGCAAGCCUCUGAGCGAUGUCACGGAUACCAUUAUCAAGUGGAUCAUCCGCGACUUCGUCUCUCCGUGGCAUACGCCUCUUACAGCGCGUAGUGGUUCGGGCGAUGAAGCGACGUCCAACAAUUUCCCGCGUGCUUUGGACCACGCUCUGCGGCAUGCCCUGCGCACGCUGGGCGAAAGUGGAUCUCGGCUCGACCUGUCAACCCUCGUUGUCCGCGGAGUCUUGCCGAAAGUGACAAAUCACAUCAGUGUGCACCGCAGAGCUGUGCUCCGACUCCAUGGACCCCCUCUGGCAGGUGCAGGGGACCUGAACCAGCUUUCGGGAGACUCAACUACGGAUAUCUUCCUUGCAAAGGCGUACGAGGCCUGCGGAGGCUCGCUGCAUGCUGCUGUCGCAUCAACCUCGACGCUAGACACUCGGCACACCGAACAAGCUCAUUUGCGCUCCAGCGCCGAACGUAUCCUGGCCGUGCUGUUGCCUGAGGAAGAGCUUCGCAGCCCAGCUGUGCGCGUCGUCGCACGGGAACUUCUCGCCUGCACUGUCCUCACGCCGCUGGUCGACUCUUUGUCGGACCCGGACACCAUCAACUCGAUGCUCGAGCAUCAGGCCUCUGUCGCACUGCAAGAGCAGAAGCUGAUCACCCAGCUCCGUGAGACGUUGGAUAGAGAGCAAAAGCGCUCGCGCACCAGUGACUGCAAGGACCCGUAUCUCUCGUCUUACAAGGACGUCGCUUUUAGUGACCGGACCAAGCGCGGCCAGUCGUUAGGAAUACCCUCCCCUCUCGCCAUUCGUAGCAUGGAUGAGGCACAAGCUCGUCGGCUCAAGACCGCUCUCGUGCGCGAAGCUAACAAGAUGCAGAGUGACACCGGCGGGAGCGGCUUGCAAACAGACUCGACACGGCAGUACAAGCGUAUGAAAGAGGGCAUCGUGGCUGUCGAUGCUCGGCUUGCCCAGCUCGAUCAUGUCAAGUCUGAGGCUGUUGCCAAAGCCUUGCCAGCGGACGACGUGCCAAAGCACACGGAACUCGACACCACUUUCGACCCGGCUCCAGUCACUCUGCAGACCGUUCUCAAAAACUCGCUCGCUUUGUCUCAUUUCCUAGAGUGGAUGGAACGUCGAGGCGCAGGUCAGCUCGUGCAAUGCUGGAUGUCGAUGUCCGUCUUUCGACAGCCGCUCGAGGAGGUCGAUAGCGAUGCCGAAGAGCAAAAUCCCGCGCGCCAUUUGGCUCGAUCCCAGAACGCAUCGCGAGAUGCUCUCGACGUUCUCCUCGCGGACCUGCGACCGUUCGUAGACCACUACUUCCCAGGACUCACCUGCAUCAAUAUCCGAGACAAAGAAGCGGUUAUCAGGGCUACGCAAGAGUCGUCUAAGCCUGACGCUGUCAUGACGCACACAGACUUGAAAGCGGCACGGAGGAGCGUCCUUAAGGCUCUCCAUCAGAUAGAGAUGGAGCUCCUUGACGAAUACUGGCCAAGCUUUGUUCGAAGCCGCGCUUUCGCACGAGCUAGACGAGAGCUUGCACGCGAUUCCGGCUCGGACGCACGGCAGCUGCAUACUUCUCAAGCCAUCACGUCCGCUGAUCGUUCGCGACGAAGCAUCGACGACGAAACAGUGGAACAAGGAAUGGAUCGAAGCAUGCAUUCUGCAGACCUCUUUGGGCACGAGCCAAUCUACCGAACGCGGUCCCCUUCGCCUGCGCUUUCAACACAAGCCGGAACUGAGCCUCUUCCAGGAACUCGCGCCAUCUCGAAGGUCGCCAGGAAAGGCAGCCGUGCAACACACAAUCUCGACCUUUUGAUUGGCGGUGCUGGUACUGUUCGCAGCCCGAGCGAAAGGCCUCCGCUUUUCCGCGAGAAUUUGUUUGAGGAUGGAGAGGCUGAUGAUAGUGCAGAUCAGGAUGAUACCGAAGAAGCGCCACUCACCCUUCGAGCAGACCGGAUGGACGCUUUGGCCGAUGCCCUUGCUAACCUCAUCGCCGAUGAUGGUGCGAUCGCUACAACGGGUGAACGGGUGCUGUCGCACCCGACUGGCACGCAUGCAAGUAACGUGAAUAGCUCAAGCUGCUCUUCAUGGGCGGCGCGUCCCUCUUACAGAACCGGUACAAGGGGAUCAGCAACAGCAAAGCAAGACUUGCGCCCUGCAUUCAAAAGAUCGUCGAGUGGACCUAAUUCGGAUGGGCCUCGCUCUAGCCAACGUGACAGAGUCUUUGGUGACGACGACAAUCUAGAGAAGAGCGGGAGCUCUCGUGUCUCAGAAGAAGGCGAUGCAGUGCCGCUUGGCGAAUGCAGUGCAGCUGCUUCAUCCUCUACUGCCAGCCAUUCUGCGGGGGCGGUGCCGAUCGCGGAGUCAGAGCUCGCUUUCGACUUUGUACGUGAGCGUACCAGACUCUGCGCGGAUGAGGAGCGCGUACGGCGCCAGCAUGAGCUGCUGUCGGCCCUCAUUCGCAAAGCAGAACUUACCGGCGCUGGUGUCAAGGAGCUGCGGUUGUUGACACAGAGCCAGAAAGCAGCGGCUCGUGAUCUUAGCCAGCUUUCACUAGCCCACGCUGAGCUGCAGGAGCGCAAGGCACGUUCGAGCCUUGUGAUGGGACUGGUUGAGGUCUCGAUACCGUUUGAAAGCAUCAUGGCUGCAGAAGUAGGCGCAAAAGAUUUUGCAGUGUAUCACAUUCAGGUCGAUAAAUUCUCUGCGAGGACACGAGUGACAGGACAAGACGCACAGGAAAACUCACAAGAGUCACGCGCUGUCGAGAGCGGCUGGGUUGUUGCGCGCCGCUACAGCGAGUUUGCAGCCUUGAAUGACCACCUCUCCAAGCGCUUCUCUGAAGUACAUCGCGCGAAAGGCCUGUUUCCCAGCAAGCGAAUCGUGGUCUUCUCACCAACGCCUCUAGUCGAGGGGCGUCGGCAAUCGCUAGAGAAUUGGCUCAGGGUGAGUCUGUCUUCGUCGUCGGUGACCUCGCGAUGCUCAUUCGUCAUGUUUCUCCAUUUUCUCAGGCCCUGCUCCUCAUACCCACUAUCUGCACAAGCCCAGAGCUCGAAGCAUUUCUAAAUCCAGCGCAGAUGCACGUCCUCCAGACGACGCUUGAAGCCGCCGUCAAAAGCUCGGGCAUGGAUACAGCACCAACGCUCAGCGACAGGAGCAUUGCAUCGCCGAUUGAUGCCGCCUUUGAGAUGGUUGUCAGCCUCACUGACUCUUUGGGCAUCCCUUUGCCGGCCAUCGUGAGCAGUCGCCAAUCUCUGACAGCCGGUCUUGUCGGCCGCGCUACGGGUUCGACAGCUGUGCCUGAGUCGCCGCUGCAGGCAGAGUCACAAGGCAAGAUGACAUUGACGCCUUUUACAGAGCCCAUAUGUGCGCUGCUGUUUGAGGUGUUCCAGCUCAGCGAAAAAGACCAGUGGUUCAGACGACAAUCGCUUGUGAUCGUGCUACAGCAAGCCCUGGGUGGCACCAUCGAGCGGUCAGUCUGCGUUGUGCUUUGACCAACGCGGGAAGUUGAAUCUGAAAGCUCCUUCUCCCGACUCAAUACCACAGCAAAAUUCGCGAAGCCUUUUCGAGCGGAACCUCUUCUUUGGCAAUGACGCGCCACUUGACGAAAGUGCGCGACAGUAUAUGGCCGAAUGGAACCUUGAAGAAGUCCGCGCCACCUCGAAGUCAAGCUGAGAAAGAUUCGCUGAAAAUCAAUUCGCUUCGAAAGUGCUACGCAUUGCUACCGGACAUAGCCGCGAGCUUCAUGGGCAAAGAGAACGCGCGAAAGGGGGCGCGUGAUGUGCACUCUGUCUUGCAGAGCAAGCGCUUGAACAAGUCUCUGAUAUACUCUGUGCUCGAUCUCUUGCUCGACGAGUUUGUGGAGAAGUCGAGGCAAACGCCCGUAUAG